AGCCCCUGCGGACACGGAAAUACGUCAUCAAGCUUGACCUUCUCGUCUUUUCCCAUUUGCUCCUCCAGUAGGACAGCAUGGCGAAUAAGGAGCCAGCAGGUUUUCUGCAGCAGCUGAGGCAGAUCGCUGGCAGGAUGUCCUCAGGACCCCGGGGAGCAGGAACUGGACUCAAACUGCUGAUCGGAGCUGGAGCUCUGGCUUAUGGAGUGAAGGAGGCCACAUACACAGGUACCUGCUCACCUGCACAUCCCACCCUCUUGGACAGGAAGCUGCUCCUGACGGCGCCGCCGCUCUCCGUGUUUGCAGACCUGCAGAUGGUGAACGUGACGCUGAGGGUUCUGUCGCGGCCGCUGGCCUCCAACCUGCCCGUCCUCUACCAGCAGCUGGGCCAGGACUACGACGAGCGCGUGCUGCCCUCCAUCGUCAACGAAGUGCUGAAGAGCGUGGUGGCCAAGUUCAACGCCUCGCAGCUGAUCACACAAAGAGCUCAGGUGUCUCUGUUGAUCCGGAGGGAGCUGUUCGAGCGCGCCAAAGACUUCAACAUCAUCCUGGACGACGUGGCCAUCACCGAGCUCAGCUUCAGCAGGGAGUACACGGCCGCCGUGGAGGCCAAGCAAGUCGCCCAGCAGGAGGCGCAGCGCGCUCAGUUCUACGUGGAGAAGGCCAAACAGGAGCAGAGGCAGAAGAUUAUCCAGGCUGAAGGAGAAGCUGAAGCUGCAAAGAUGCUGGGCCAAGCCGUGACCAAAAACCCCGGCUACCUGAAACUCAGGAAGAUCCGUGCGGCGCAGAACAUCGCCAAGACGGUGGCGCAGUCCCAGAACAGAGUCUACCUGAACGCCGACAGCCUGGUUCUCAACCUGCAGGAAAAAGACAACUUCAAUUUGCUGUUUUCCAAGAAGUAAGACGUUUCCUCCUCAUUGGUUCCGGUUCUUCAUCCAGUUCUUCAUUUGGCGGUCCCGUUUAGAACCCAGAGAGCAGAUCCGGUGGAUCCAGUCCUCUGGAGAUGAGUGCAGUAGAACCUGAACCUUUUCCAGCCGUUGGUGUGGAGAAGCGGUUCCUCCGCUGUCUGGUUCUGGUGGAACUUCCCCUCCAGAAAAGAGGAACGUUGUCGGUUCUGUGUUCUGGUCAGUUCAGCAGCAGCUGCUCAGCUUUAGAUGUCGACCAUCGGCCACACGGCGCCGGAAUGAGGGACGACUGGGUCGGUUCUGGAGCGAGAUUCAGCAGAGCAGUGCUGGGGGGGGGGUCCACAUGGACAGAGAACUCCUCACCCUGGAGCUGUUUAUGAUUUAACGGAUCGUCUGGAACAGGAACUGGGCCGGUACCGUCUGCCAGGGUUCUGAUCCAAACCCGGGACACUUUGCUUCAACAAUCAUUAACCAGAAGUUACAGAUGAACUUUAAGUCUUAGUUUCAUCCCAUCAGCUCACCUGGAUGUGUUUUCUUUGAAUGAGAAUAUUUCAUAAAUUAAAGUGAUCUAAAA